GCCGUAACCUACAAUUUCGCUGCAGCCAUUUAUGUUGUUCGCAUUUUACCAAGUGUAAAACAAAUAUAUUCAGGAUGACUGACUCAAUGACUUUUGGUCCAGAUUGGAUUCGUAACAUGUCCUCUGAAGGUAUCACUGGAGGAGGAACUGGUGGAGGAACAAAAUAUCAGCUUGCUGAUUAUCGAUAUGGUCGAGAAGAGAUGUUGGCGUUAUUUGACAAAAAUAUAAAACCUCCCGUCUCUCUAACCAAUUUUAAAUGUCUAUUCUCGGAAACUUGUCUUCAACCAUUAGCCUUAUCACCAGCAACUGAUGAAGAGAUACAGCAAAGAGGUUGGCAGCCCAGACCGAAUGCAGUAGUGUCUGGACCAAUACGUGGCAGAGGUGGGUCUUUGGAAAGGGGUGGUCGAAUCAGUAGAGGACGGGGAUACCAAUACGGCAGGCCGACGGGUGGAUACGACUCGGGUUGGGGCAACGGGGAGCAACCCGAGUGGAGUCCGAGAAAAGAGUAUAUUAAUCAGCGAACCACGUCAGAUAAUUGGAGGAGGGCCAGAAACGAUGAAGACGAUGGGUGGAGAAGUGGUGUGAGUGGGCCAGGAAGAAGUGGUGGUCAUGAAAAAUGGGGGCGCUCAACAAGUUGGCGAGGGGAUGGGGAGUCUGAAGAGAGAACAGGACCUCCAGAAAGAGGUGGCCGCACAAGUUGGAAUGACAAUCGAGGCCCGCUUUCUCGAAAAUCUUGGGAAAACGAGGACCACCUACCUGAAUGGGCGAUGGAGAAUCCUACUGAAGGAGGAGGGACUUUCGACGAAAAGGGUGCCUUUCACGGAUCGGAUGACGAACAGCCUGAGGGUAAACCACCCAAUAGGAGAGAAAUAAUCAGUCUUCAAAAAUCAACUUCACAACAACAUAUUUCUACGAAAUCACAGCCUCCACCGAUGCCUUCAUCCAAAUCGACGUUGUCCCUUGUAAAACCCGAAGAUACCUCACAAAAAAAGGAAACCAUGGAAGAGAACUCAACGAAGAAAAAAGAAGAAGACACACUUCAUAAUUUAAAACAGAAAGCUCCAUCAGAAGAAAGGAAAAAGUUGGUUCCCAACAAUAUACCUGAAAAAAUCGACAAAGAUGUGCCGCUCGAACGGGCCAAAUUCAAUGCUCCCCCAAAGUUAUCAAUUAGUGAGAAACCACCAGUGAUAGCAAACGGCCCAGUUAACGAUAAUCCAAGUUUUCGUUCUAGGCCUGACGAUUCGGAGUUUGAAAAGUUGCAAGAAGAUUUCGUUCUGAAAUUGGUGGUGGACGAAGACGUACCUAAACAAGUGCCCAGUAGUUUUGAAAUUGGCGGUAUACAACCUCCCCCAAAUUUAGCUGCACCAGCCAUACUAGACAAGUGGUUUUAUCAGGAUCCACAGGGUCAAAUGCAGGGACCAUUUUCCAACAUGGAGAUGGCAGAAUGGUUCAAGGCUGGAUAUUUCAGCAACCAAUUGAAAGUGCGAAGGCAAUGCGAUGAGAGGUUCGUUUUGCUGGGUGAUCUGAUAGGUCUGUGUGGCGGACUGAACCCCUUCCAAACGGGCCUCCGUUUCCCCGUCACGAAAAUGCCCGCGGCAGAGCCGGAUAUGCUGCAGUUACAGUAUCUGACGCAAAUGGCUUUCAAACAGGCGCAGUCCAGACUUCUCACCGAACCAUGGAGUGCGAUAUCCCUGCAACAACAGCAAGAACUUGCUGCUCAAAGACUGAUUAUGCAACAGCAACAGGUAGCACCAGAUCUCCAAUACCUACAGCAACCACAGGCGACCAAUUCUUUAAUGCACAUGAUAAAUCAAAUGCAACAAGGCAAUAAAAUUCCAGGACAAGGAUUGGUCGAGAAACAACCCAAUUUACCUGGUACCUUAGAUCCUCAUAUACAAAUGCAAAUGAAUAAUCUUCUUUCUAUGCAAAACCGUCUUCCGACGACCAGUCACCCAACCAAUAUUCCUGCAGGUUUGAGUAAUACCCUACCUGGAAAUCUGCCGCAACCAGAAGGAUUAUCGACAAGUAUGCCCAGUUUACAGACACCCACUCUUAACUCGGCCGCAUUGCCUAUACCAGGCUUGCAGAGCAAUAUACCAGUCAGUAUUGGAGGAAGUAUUAACUUACCAAGACCUACAUCUAGAGGUUCUGUUGAACAAAUCUCUUCGACUCAAGCGAAUGAUCCCAUAACGAGCCUACUUAAACAGAUUCAACAACAACAACAGCAGCAACAGCAACAACAAAAGCAGUCGACUCCGCCACAGGUGGAUUCGCUGUGGCAACAAAAUACAUUUACCGCCAACAACGGCACUUCGCAGUGGCAGCCCCAAAACGAAGUCCCUAUGUCGAUGUGGGAUUUACAAAAUAAUCCUGUACCUACUGUACCUGCCGUUCCCUCACCUCCCUUGACUCAAUCGGAAAAACUUCAACAAGCGUUACAGCCGAAAACCUCGAAAGCGGAUAAAGAGAAAGAACAGAAACAAAAGGAAGAAGCAGUGGCUAAGGAGUUGAAGAAAAAGAAAGAAUUGGAAGAGAAACUGGCGAAGAAAGAGGCUGAAGAAAAGAAGAAACAGGACCUAAAGCGACAAGAAGCGGAAAAGAAAGCUCUGGAAGAGAAAAGGAGGAAGGAGGACGAGAGGAUUAAAAGGGAAUUGGAAAAAGCAAAAAAAGAAGCAGAGGAUAAAAGGCUGAGGGAGUUAGAGGAGAAAAGAAGACUUAAGGAACUGAGGAAAGCCGAAGAAGAGGCGAAAAAGAAGAGUGAAGACCAAAAGAAAUUAGAAGAAGAAAGAUUGAGGCAAGAGAUCAAGGAAAGGGAGAUUAGAAGGUUAGAAGAGGAGAAGAGAUUGCAACAGGAACAAUUGAGAUUAGCUAAAGCCGCACCGUGGUCUCAGGCAAAUGCCAAUAUGGGGCUGAGUCUCACUGAGAUUCAGAAAGCUGAACGAGAAAAACGAGCGUUCGAUGCUGCGUUGCAACAACAAAGGCUACAAGAGAAAGAGCAACAACAGCAAUUUCAACAAGAGAAAGCACCUGCCUCACAUUUAAACUGGGCGAAAAAACCGGUAGAACCGAGGAAGGUAAAGUCCCUUGCCGAAAUUCAAGCGGAAGAACAAGAGAAAUUAGCAAAGCAAGCAGCAGAAAUGCGACACCAGAAAGAUAAAGAACCAUCUCCGGUGACCAAUAAUACUAGCAGUAGUAUUUGGAGUAGUCAAAAUUUGACGUGGGCAUCUGCAUCGUCCGCAAAUUGGUCCUCUAGUUCAGGUGGUUUUUGGGAUGAAUCUUCCAGUAAGCAGCAGCAACAGCAGCAGCCGCACCAGCAGCAAGGAGCAAACAAACCGUCCACUGUAACUAAAAGUAAUUCGACAAAUACGUUUAGUGCAGCUCCAAAGUCUCAAGCGAAAAACCCUACAAAGAACACCAACGCCAAGGUGAAAAAAAGAUGAAUCGAAUAAAACAAAUCAUAAUAAUAAUAAUAACGGACCGUCAUCGGACGAAUUUAUGAAUUGGUGCUACAAAGUGUUAUCAAAUAUAUCAACUAACGUAGAUAUUCCUACUUUUGUUACUUUCUUACGAGAUAUCGAAUCAGCGUUCGACGUUAGGGAAUAUUGUAAGGAAUACUUAGGAGAUAACAACGCCACACACCAAUUUGCCGUGAAUUUUUUGGAAAAACGGCGUUCAUUUAAACCUAAGAAUAAUGCUCACAAAGACGAUAUGUGUUCUCCAGCUCCAGCUAUUACCCCAUCCUUGCAACAUAGUACUGAAUUCCAAGAGGUCAAGGGCAAAAACAAGAAAAACAAAAAAUCAAAAAUGUUGAAGGUGGACUCCCGAAUUCUAGGUUUUAACGUUACUUCUGCCCCUGACCGAAUCAACGUGGGUGAUAGAGAUUACGGUGAUAAUUCUUAAAAAAUAGUUAUGUAAAGAACAGAUUGUUAUUAAUAUUGUACCUAAAUAAUUAUAUUAUACAUAUAUAAUUUUUAAGACAAUUUUUUAGUUUAUUUCGCUUAUUUAUGUGUAAUACAUUCUUUUUGUUUUACCGAUUUUACUGUUUAAAUAUUACUUUUACACAAAAAAGUUAUUCUAUCUUUCAUUCCCCCGAAUGCAAAUGAGAUAUUUUUGUCAGAUUUUAUACUAUUGUUCUAACGAACCUAAUGUUGACCGUUAUUUCGUAAGAAGUUGAUUUUUUUUAUAUAUCCA